AUGUCCGCCUUCGCGGGCAAGCCGAUAACGUGCAAGGCUGCGGUCGCGCGUGGAGUCAACGACCUGCGCAUAGAGGAGGUCACCGUGGCGCCGCCCAAGGCCCACGAGGUGCGGCUCAAGGUGCACUCCAACGCGCUGUGCCACACGGACAUCUACACCCUCGAGGGGUCCGACCCGGAGGGCAUGUUCCCUUCCAUCCUCGGCCACGAGGCGGGAGCCGUCGUCGAGUCGGUCGGUGAGGGCGUCACAAGUGUCAAGGUGGGCGACAAGGUCAUCCCGUGCUACACGCCGCAGUGCGGCGAUCCGGACUGCAUCUUCUGCAACCCGCCGCGGGGCAAGCGCACCAACCUGUGCCCAAAGAUCCGCUCGACUCAGGGCUCCGGCGUGAUGCCCGACGGCACCUCCCGCUUCACCGGCGCCAACGGCGAAGAAAUCAAGCACUUCAUGGGGUGCUCGACCUUCUCGGAGUACACCGUCGUGGCGGACAUCUCGUGCGCCAAGGUGUCCGACACCGCGCCGCUCGACACGUGCUCGCUCCUCGGCUGCGGCGUCGCGACGGGCCUGGGCGCCGUGUGGAACACGUGCGACGUUGAGGGCGGCGCGAGCGUCGCUGUCUUUGGCCUCGGCGCCGUCGGCCUCUCGGUGAUCCAGGGGGCAAAGAUGCGCGGCGCCAAGCGCAUCUUCGCCAUCGACACGAACCCGGACAAGUUCCGCAUGGCGACGGAGCUGGGCGCCACGGACUGCGUCAACCCGAAGGACCACGACAAGCCGAUCCAGCAGGUCCUCGUCGAGAUGACGAAGUGGGGGAUCGACUACACGUUCGACGCGACGGGCAACACCGACGUGAUGCGCGCUGCACUCGAGUCGGCCCACCGGGGGUGGGGCGAGUCGUGCGUGAUCGGCGUCGCGGCGGCGGGCAAGGAGAUCAGCACCCGCCCCUUCCAGCUGGUGACAGGCCGAAAGUGGGUGGGCACCGCCUUUGGCGGCUUCAAGAGCCGGUCCGAGGUGCCGCCGCUCAUCGACGACUACGAGCGAGGCGACCUCAAGCUCGACCACUACAUCACGCACCGCUUCGAGGGAGUCGAGGGCACGCUGGAGGCGGUGCACGCCCUGCACUCGGGCGAGUGCCUGCGCGCUGUCGUCACAUACUAGCCGUAGACUCUACUUUAUAGCGCAGAGAGCCGCCGCGGCCCGCGCGCUGUUUGGAUCCCGCGCGCCGGCGGCCCAUUGCGCGGCAGCAGGGAGUGGGAGAGAGAGCGCGACCGAGCCUAUCUCUCAAGUGCAAGGCGGGAACAAAUAAUUUUC